GUUUAUUUUUGUGAACAGAUAUUAAAAAAAAAAAAGGACAAAAAAUACAGGCAUGCAAAAACAGGAGGAGCAUGAAGAAAAGGGUCGGCAUGGACAUCGGCCACAUAAUAAACCAGUUAGAGGAACAGCCCGUGGGGUGAGGGAAGCCACAGAAGGGAUUAACGAACUGUGGAUGUAACCAAGCGGUUGUAAUCAGGUGCGCAGGGAUGAGGUGGUGUAGCAAAACAGGGGAUAUUUCGAUCAAUUCCCUCCCCUUCUCCAUUUUCCUAUAAAAAGAAGCAACCUUUUUGAGUCCCAAGAUGUUGGCAUCUCCAUCUGCAUGAAAUAGCUUCCUUUCCCCUUCCUUUUUUGAUCUUCCCUCUUUUUGUUUGGACUAAAAAAUCAAUAACAGAGGGAGGAAACUAAGGAGGGAGAAGGAAGAAUUCAAGUGUUGUUGGAGAUUUUUCUUCUUCGUUUUGUUGUAUUCUGUCAGCAAUGGGGGAUAUAUCAUUGGAAGAUGUUAAGAACGAGAACGUUGAUCUAGUAAGUAACAAUAUUUUCUUCGUUUUCUCUCAUCUUUUUCUUGUUUUUGAAUCUGGGUUUUUUGUUGUUUCAGGAACGGAUUCCUGUGGAGGAAGUUUUUGAUCAGUUGAAAUGCACGAAGGAAGGAUUGAGUACAGCAGAAGGAGAAAAAAGACUCCAAAUUUUUGGGCCUAACAAGCUUGAAGAGAAGCAAGAGAGCAAGUUUUUGAAGUUCUUGGGAUUCAUGUGGAAUCCUCUGUCAUGGGUCAUGGAAUGUGCGGCAAUCAUGGCCAUCGUCCUGGCCAAUGGAGGAGGGAGACCACCAGAUUGGCAAGACUUUGUUGGUAUCGUUGUCUUGUUGAUCAUUAAUUCUACCAUCAGCUUCAUUGAAGAGAACAAUGCUGGUAAUGCAGCUGCUGCUCUCAUGGCUGGUCUUGCCCCUAAAACUAAGGUAACCCAUCCUUGAUUUAACGCUAGAUAGGAACUCGAACUGUUGACACUUUCGUGCUUUCAAAUUGUGUAGGUUCUAAGAGAUGGGAAGUGGAAAGAAGAGGAGGCAGCGAUUCUGGUUCCAGGAGAUGUGAUUAGUGUCAAAUUGGGAGAUAUUAUCCCGGCCGACGCACGUCUCCUCGAUGGCGACCCUUUAAAGAUUGAUCAGUCUGCUCUUACUGGUGAAUCUUUGCCUGUCACCAAGUAUCCUGGGGAUGAAGUGUUCUCUGGGUCAACUUGUAAGCAAGGUGAGAUUGAAGCUGUUGUCAUUGCCACUGGUGUGCAUACCUUCUUUGGAAAGGCAGCUCAUCUUGUGGACAGCACCAACCAAGUUGGUCAUUUCCAAAAGGUAAAAGAAAGCUUCAGUUCCUGCAUAACCAAGUUCUUGGGGUUCCUUUGAAGAUUUGAGGUUCUAACGUUGGUUUAUGGUUCAUCAGGUGUUGACAGCCAUUGGAAACUUCUGUAUAUGCUCGAUAGCGGUGGGAAUGGUCAUCGAGAUCUUAGUAAUGUAUCCAAUCCAGAAGAGGCCAUACAGAGAAGGAAUUGACAACUUGUUGGUGCUUCUCAUUGGAGGUAUUCCCAUUGCUAUGCCAACCGUUCUGUCGGUAACCAUGGCCAUCGGAUCGCAUCGGCUUUCGCAGCAAGGUGCCAUUACGAAGAGAAUGACAGCAAUUGAAGAGAUGGCUGGGAUGGAUGUCCUGUGCAGUGACAAGACAGGAACUCUCACCCUCAACAAGCUCACGGUGGACAAGUCCCUGAUUGAGGUCAAGCUCACACAGUUGCAAUUCAAUGAAAAGAAUUUUUGCUCAUUGGCUCAUCAUGGUGCCUUCAUGACUGCAGGUGUUUGUAUCAGGCAUGAACGAGGAUGGUGUUAUGUUGUAUGCUGCAAGAGCUUCCAGAGUUGAAAAUCAAGAUGCCAUUGAUGCCUGCAUUGUUGGAAUGUUGGCUGACCCCAAAGAGGUUUGGUACUCAGCUUUAUUAUGUUCAUGGCUUCUUUUACUGAACUUUUUUAGGUGUAUUUUAUUUCUCAUGCUUCAUCUUUGGCUCUCAAGGCAAGGGCAGGAAUAACUGAGGUACAUUUCUUGCCUUUCAAUCCAGUCGAUAAGCGUACCGCUAUUACCUACAUUGACAAAGACGGUAACUGGCACAGAAGCAGCAAGGGUGCUCCUGAACAGGUAGUGUCAUUUUCUGAUAGUCGAUGUCACUUACCUUGAAUCACAUUUGGUUGAU